CUACUCAACCUUCACUUUUCAAGGUUAGUUAUAGCAGGUUUGUGGACGCCCAAGCUUACAAUACACAAUUAAAAGAUUUUGCGGCAAUUUUGGGCACAAUUUUGGGGCAACUCAAUGCAAAAUCUUCAGUGAAAUGAGUGGCUUUUCCUUCUAAUAACUCCCAAACCCCUGAAAAACCCCUAGAUCUGUUCCAAAAUUUUCUCAAGGAACCCCAAAUCCUUAUAAACUCCUCAAAUUUUGUCCCAAAAUAACCCUGAAGUCUUUUUCUGAACUGACGAUGUUUUUCUAUGAUAACAGAAUUCUCAAUAAAAUCCUUCAUCGCUGAGUAACUGAGUUAUGCCUAAUAAUAAUAACGCAAAUGAAGAUGAUUGGGAGACGGAACCUGAUUUUGUGAAUGAUGUAACUGAAAAAGAGCAAAGAUGGGGUUCUAAAACUGUUGCUGGUUCUGGACAUCAAGCGUCUAUAGAUAUGGCAGCAUUAAGAGAAGAAGUGAAACAGGCGGAUCGUUUAGCUAAACUAAAGAUUGCACCUAAACCAUCUUAUGGAUAUGGUGGAAAAUUCGGUGUUGAACAAGAUCGUAUGGAUAAGUCUGCAGUAGAUUGGAGUCAUGUUGAAACCACAGAGAAGCAUACUUCACAAAAGGAUUAUGCUAAAGGAUUUGGUGGUAAAUACGGUGUACAAACUGAUCGUCAAGAUAAGUCAGCUGUUGGUUGGGAUCAUAAAGAGACAACAGAAAAGCAUUCAUCACAGAAAGACUAUUCCACUGGAUUCGGUGGUAAAUAUGGUGUUCAAAAAGAUAGACAAGAUAAGUCAGCUUUAGGUUGGGAUCAUCAUGAAAAACCAGAGUAUCAUCCAUCUCAAGUGGAUUAUGCUAAAGGGUUUGGUGGAAAAUUCGGUGUACAAACUGAUCGGGUGGAUGCCUCUUCAGUUGGUUGGAAUGAAACGAAUAAAACAGAACUGCACUCAUCUCAGAUGAAAGUGGCUAUUUCUAAACCAGAUGGUAACAGUCUAAGUAGUAUACGUCAGCGGUUUGAACAAAAGACAACAUCAUCGACGAAUUCAUCUGCUCCGUCUGCAGCUCAACAACGUGUUCUUGAAGAACGUGCUCGUUGGGAGGCUGAACGCAAAAAGAAGGAAAAAGAACAAUUAGAAGAAAUAUCCUCAACAAAGGGGGCAACAGUAUCGCUUGACUCAAAUAAAGCGGUCCCCCAAUCAACUGAUGAUUCAAUGAAAGCUACUCAGUUGUCUUCUUCUAUUGGUGAUAAUACUAAAAAGCGUGAUGAUCCCCCGAGCAGUAAUCCUGUCACUACGACAGCUGUUUCAAAUAACUUAUCCGUACUAUCUGAAUCGAAUCGAAUAAGUCAUGAGGAGGAGGUCAGUCAGAGGAAUAAUGCGAAUGAUGAGUCACAUGAGGACUAUCAAAGAAAUUCUCUUGGUCAUCAUCAGCCCAACACUGAUGUUGUCACGUGUAGUCAAACUCCAGAAAUGUUCACAGCGAUAGCCAUGUAUGAUUAUGUUGCUGCUGAAGACGAUGAGCUGACCUUUUGUACAGGUGAGACAAUUACUGAAGUUGAAAAAAUCGAUGAAGGUUGGUGGAAAGGUGUUUGUCGACGGAAAGUUGGUCUAUUCCCAGCCAAUUAUGUCUCAUUGAUUUGAUGAUGUGAUAAUGAUGACAAUUUACGCUUUUUUUUGUUUAAAUAUGCGGAACCCCGGGAUAAAAGACGUGACUAUUGCUCAGAUCUAAUCUAUCCAUCUAUUCGUCUUAAGCAUAAAUGCUUAUGCAAUUUCUCAAAAAUGGAAUGAAUGUCUGAUAUUUUAAGAUUCGCUGAUUUCGAUUCUGUGAAAAUAUUUUGCUGACAUUUUCAGCUUGUUUUUUUAAAAAAAACUUUGCCUUCUUAACAUAAUAUGAUCUCUUUUUUAUGAAUAAAUGAAUGAACUUUUUUU